ACUGUCAGCGUGGAAGUCACGCCAUGGAGGACCAAGAAGCGCUGGGUUUUGAACACAUGGGGCUGGAUCCCCGGCUCCUGCAGGCUGUCACCGACUUGGGCUGGUCACGACCUACGCUAAUCCAGGAAAAAGCCAUACCUCUGGCGCUGGAGGGGAAGGACCUCCUGGCCCGCGCCCGCACAGGCUCCGGGAAGACCGCAGCUUAUGCUAUUCCGAUGCUGCAGUUGCUUCUCCACAAGAAGGCGACAGGUCCCGUAAUGGAACAAGCUGUGAGGGGCCUUGUCCUUGUUCCUACUAAGGAGCUGGCAAGGCAGGCCCAGUCCAUGAUCCAGCAGCUGGCCUCCUACUGUGCUCGCGAUGUGAGAGUGGCUAAUGUCUCAGCCGCUGAAGACUCAGCUUCUCAGAGAGCUGUGUUGAUGGAGAAGCCCGAUGUGGUGGUGGGGACCCCAUCCCGGAUAUUAAACCACUUGCAGCAGAAAAACUUGAAACUCCGGGACUCUCUGGAGCUGCUGGUAGUGGACGAAGCUGACCUUCUUUUUUCCUUUGGCUUUGAGGAUGAACUCAAGAGUCUUCUCUGUCACUUGCCUCGGAUUUACCAGGCUUUUCUCAUGUCGGCCACUUUCAAUGAGGAUGUGCAAACCCUGAAGGAGCUAGUGCUACAUAACCCGGUUACUCUCAAGUUACAGGAGUCCCAGCUGCCGGGGCCAGAUCAGCUCCAGCAGUUUCAGGUGGUCUGUGAGACUGAGGAAGACAAGUUCUUGCUGCUGUACGCUCUGCUCAAGCUGUCCCUGAUCCGGGGCAAAGCGCUUCUCUUUGUCAACACUCUAGAGAGAGGUUACCGGCUCCGUCUUUUCCUGGAGCAGUUCAGCAUUCCCUCCUGCGUGCUCAAUGGAGAACUCCCACUGCGCUCCAGGUGCCACAUCAUCUCACAGUUCAACCAAGGCUUGUAUGAUUGCGUCAUAGCCACAGACGCAGAAAUCCUGGGACCCCAAGUCAAAGCCAAGCGGCAAGGCCGCGGGUCCAAAGGAGACAAGGCAUCUGAUCCUGAGUCAGGUGUGGCCCGGGGCAUAGACUUCCACCAUGUGUCUGCCGUCCUGAAUUUUGACCUUCCUCCCACUGCAGAAGCCUAUGUCCACCGAGCUGGCAGGACAGCUCGAGCCAACAACCCAGGCAUAGUUCUGACCUUCGUGCUGCCCACGGAACAGUCUUCUUUGGGAAAGAUUGAGGAGCUUCUCAGUGGAGAGGGCCAGGCCCCCAUCCUGCUUCCCUACCAGUUCCAGAUGGAGGAGAUUGAAAGCUUUCGCUAUCGAUGCAGGGAUGCCAUGCGCUCCGUGACGAAGCAGGCCAUUCGAGAGGCAAGGCUGAAGGAGAUCAAGGAGGAGCUUCUGCACUCAGAGAAGCUCAAGACAUACUUUGAAGACAACCCCAGGGACCUCCAGCUGCUACGCCAUGAUCUGCCCUUGCACCCGGCAGUGGUGAAGCCUCAUUUGGGCAAUGUCCCCGACUACUUGGUUCCUGCCGCUCUUCGUGGCCUUGUACAUCCUCGAAAGAAACGGAGAAAGAUGCCCUUCUCUAGAAAGGCUAAGAAGGUGAAGACCCAGAACCCACUGCGUGACUUCAAGCACAGGGGGAAGAAGCCUAAACCCACAGCAAAGCCUUCUUGAGGUUGCCUGAGCCUGGGGACACUGAAUUGGGCAUCCUGGCCUGUGUGGACUGGGCUGCCCACUCCUUGUGGGCACAUUCUGGUGCUUGCUGUUUGGACAGACUACUUUGAGGAAGCAGCUUUGGACACCCCGUCACCUUGGCACUGCUGGGCUGCCAUGUUGUCCGUUAGCAGAAUAAAGAUUCCGUCUGCUCCAGGCUGUGACCCUCUGGACUGUGGGAAGAAACUGCUUUCCCAUAUCUCCAGAGCUGGCAGACUUCGAAAAGGCGAUCCUGUCUGGCUCUGCUGCUGCGUGCAGUGCCGCCGCUGGCACGCAGAGGCCAGGUGUCCUGGUUCUGCUGGUCCAGUGUGGGGCUGGGGCUGACCCAGAGCCCUGUAUUGAGUUCUACUGAUGCAGACCAGCUGACAGGUGGGCUUCUCUUCUUCUAAGUCAGACCCUAAGCCUGCAUCUCACCAGCACAUGCAUGUUCCCAUUCAGAGAAAAGGUGACUAAGCCCUGGGAGACGAGGCGCUCGUGUCCCUUCCUAGGUGAAGGAGCGGGACAGUGUGUUUGUCUCAGAAGCACAAGUGGUAGUAUAGGGAGUGCACGCCGUGAGACCCUUCCUCCGUGUCCCAGCCUGAGCCCUGGCUACGGGAGUAUUCAUUCAGAGCAGGUGAUUCUCCGCAUCCUCCUACCUGACCCGGGUACCACAGUGUGACCCACGGCUGUCUGCCUGUCAGUUCUUAUCAGGCGUGGUAAGGCGAGGCUGGGGUGGGGAGAGACAGUGGAGGGUGGGAGAACUGUCACAUCUGGUGAGGCUCUGGUUAUAGUUAGGGUGUGUGGCUUAGUGACAGGAUCUGAGACUUGGGGUUUCUUUAUCUUAACUCCAAGGGUCUUCAGAAAGCUGGAGUCUGUCACCUGGGAAGACAGGGAUUGUGAGUGGAUAGAUAGAUUCCAGAGCCUUGAUGUCCACAGUGGUAUAGACCUGUGCUCAGUUGUACUGAGAAAAGGUCCUGGAGCUGGAGAUCAAGAACAACCCUGGGGCUGGGAAAUGGUUGUAGAUAAAGCGUUUGCUAUGCAAGUAGUGAGGGCCAGCAUUUGCAGCCGCAGCAUCCAAAUUAAAGCUGAGUGGCAGCCCGCAUCUCCAAUUCCAUUGUGUGCCUUGUGGGCAGGGAGAGCUAAAGGAACUUGCUAGCUAGGCUGUGUGGCCCAAACAGGAAGCUCUAGGUUCAGGGAAAGACCGCGUCCUAAAAGCUAAGAUGGAGAGCAAUGGAGGAAGACCCUGGUCUCAGCCUGUGACCUCGCGGGCAUGACAGCAUGUACCAGCACACGCAAGCAAAGAGCAGUCGCUGGCCUUUUCCGUCCUGCCUUGUGACAGCCCCGGACAGUCGAGUGCCCCGAGGUGAAUGUUGCAUCCAUGCCUGCUGUUCCUGUAGCAUUGCCUGUGGUUCUGACACUUUAGUUACCAUGGUGAGGACAUGUGCCCCAGAACCUUCACCCAAUGGAGAGAUCGGGUUUCCCUGGUGAGGGUUCCUGUGGGACGAUGAAGCUGGUAUAAAGUCACCAAGGCGUAGGACCAGAGCUGUGGCGGGGAGUGUGGCAAAGGUCACACGCACUGCACGUUUUCCUUGCAACUUAGAGCAGCCCUUGGGAGGCGGUUCUCGUGCUCUAGCUGGGGUAGCUGAGGCUUAAACCAGCUCAGUGGGACUGGCGUGAUGGCUCAUCAGGUAAAGGUGCUUGCCUAUAAGGUGUAUGAACUAAGGUCAGUUUUUAGGACCCCUGUGUUAGAAGGAAAGAACUGAUUGCUACAAGUUUUCUGACCUCCGCAUAUGUGCUAUGGCAUUUGUGCCCCCAUGCCCCAUAAAUAAAUUGAAAAUUAAAGCAA